UGCCGCAGGUGUAGAGUCCGAGAGCCCGUUGUGGACAGUGCUGAGGCUGUACGCCAAACGCGAGGGACCCUGCCGCGAGUCGACCCCGCCCAAGCAUCUGGAAGGAGCAGAAACUCGCGAGGAGACGGUUCUGGUACUGGGAACGGAAAGAAGCUCAGGUCCGCCCGGGUCAGAUUGCCAGAUCCUGUGUAUCCAGCUGUAUGGCCAGUGACAUGCCUCAAACCCGAUCCCAGGCACAGACUAUGAUCCGUUUUCCGAAAAAGAAGUUACCUCGAACACUGGACAAAACUCAGAACUCUAGGAACGCUCAGCUGGUGCCAACAAAUGUGCAGACUACACCCUGCUCUGCAAAGAUUCUGCCGCUCAGCCCCAGAAAGCGCCUGGGCGAGGACAACCUCUGCAACACCCCCCACCUCAAUCCCUGUUCCCCACCAAAGCAAGGCAGGAAAGAGAACGGCCCACCUCGCUCACGUACCCCGAAGGGACGCCGAUUGGUAUUUGACGAUCAGCUGACAGUUAAGUCGCCCAGCAGAAGCCAUCGAGCGAGGGGUCACCAGAACAAACCAGUGUCCCCCACUGUUGCCGUCAGGAAAGGCGAGGAGAGCCCAGCCGGGGGCCAGCAGACACAGACACGGCCGCUGGAAAAGGCGCCGGCACGGCUGAGGCUAUUCAAGCAGGAAGGUACUUGCUACCAGCAGGCCAAGCUGGUCCUGAACACAGCUGUCCCUGACCGGCUGCCAGCCAGGGAAGCUGAGAUGGAAGUCAUCCGGGGUUUCCUGAGAGAGCACAUCUGCAGGAAGCAGGCUGGCAGUCUGUACCUCUCUGGGGCACCCGGGACAGGGAAAACAGCCUGCUUGAGCCGGGUUCUACAGGACUUCAAGAAGGAAGGGAAAGGCUUUAAAACUAUCCUGCUGAACUGCAUGGCCCUGCGGAGCGCCCAGGCGGUCUUCCCAGCUAUUGCUCUGGAGAUUUGUCCGGAAGAAGCAUCCAGGACAGCUGGGAAGGACAUGAUGAGGAAAUUAGAGAAGCAGAUGACUGUGGAGAAGGGGCCCAUGAUUGUGCUAGUGCUGGAUGAGAUGGACCAACUGGACAGCAGGGGCCAGGAUGUGCUGUACACGCUGUUCGAGUGGCCAUGGCUCAAAAAUUCCCGUUUGGUGCUGAUUGGAGUUGCCAACACCCUGGACCUCACAGAGAGGACCCUGCCCAGGCUGCAUGCUCGAGAGGGCUGUCAGCCACGGCUGCUGCACUUCCCGCCGUAUACCAGGGCUCAGAUAGCCACAAUCCUGCAGGACCGGCUGCAGCAGGUGGCUGGAGACUUGGUCCUCGACAGCGCUGCCAUUCAGUUCUGCGCCCGCAAGGUCUCCGCUGUGUCCGGUGACGUCCGCAAAGCACUGGACGUGUGCAGGAGAGCAAUUGAAAUUGUAGAGUCCGAUGUCAAAAGCCAGACUCUCCUCAAGCCAUUAUCAGAAUGUCCCUCAACCUCGGAGGCCGUGGUCCCCAAGUGUGUGGGUCUUGCUCAUGUUGCCCGGGUUAUUUCCGAAGUGGAUGGUGACAGGAUGGCCCCAGGCACAGACGGAGCCCAGGACUCCUUCCCUCUGCAGCAGAAGAUCUUGGUCUGCUCCCUGCUGCUCUUGACCAGGCAGCUGAAGGUCAGAGAGGUCACACUGGGGAAGCUCUGCGAAGCCUACAGCAGUGUCUGUCGCAGACAGCAGGUGGCAGCUGUGGACCAGUCAGAGUGUUUGUCGCUUGCCGGGCUCUUGGAGUCCAGGGGCAUUGUAGGAUUAAAGAAAAACAAGGAGACCCGCUUCACAAAGGUGUCUUUGAAAAUCGAAGAGAAGGAAAUAGAGCAUGCCCUGAAAGACCGAGCGCUAGUUGGGAAUAUCUUAGCCACUGGGCUGCCUUGAUGCCGCCUCUGUCCUGCCUGGAAGUGUCCGCUCCCUCUCUAGCUCCGAGGCUUCCUUGUAAUGCUUCACACUCGGAUCUGAAGACCAGUGCCGCCUUUUUACUGGAAUUUUAGUCAUGAGUAUUAGUGCAGAGCAAUCGCUUUGGGUCCUCUUUAUUUUUUACCAUAAACGUGUAAUAGAUCCUUUUAAAACUACAUGCGCUACCUCUCCCGCUUGCCUGUCUCUGACCAGUAUUUCUGCAAGCAGACCGAUUCGUGUGCCGUGGGGGACCCACUGCUAGGUUCCCUCGGACGUCACAUCACUCGCUAAGGACUUGGGGUCAGAAGGAGCAGACAGAUCCAAAGAAAUAAGCUGUGUCCCUGGGGUCAGGGAAUUCCUUUUCUCGAUGUGACCCUUGCCGGAGACCAUGCUGUGACACUUUUUUUUUUUUUGGUCUUUUUUCUUUUUUAUCGGUACCACGGAUCGAACUCACGACUGCCUGCUUGCAAAGCAGGCACUUAUGCCGCCGAGCUAAAUCCCCAGCCCCGAUGCUGUGACACUCUUAAGGACAUGUUGAAUUUUGGAGAUAAGGGGACUGUAACUAUGGAUUGUGAAUAUAUUUAUUUUCCAAUGGCAUCCUUCGUCUAUGUGACCAUGUCUUUGAGAGCUCAGUGAUCUCGUGAGCCUGGAUCCCUGUGGUGGUGUCGGAGUAGCCCUGCUCAGCUGGGGAGUCUGAGCGUGUGUUUCUCCAGUCUUAUUAAAUAAACAUCCAUGUGUACA